AUGGCAUCAACACCUCCCCCUCCCCCGGCUCCGGGAGGCGGCGCGGUUGCAGCGGUUCCAGCACGGGCUCCGUCGCCGUCGUCGCCGUCGUCGAUCGUGGCCGACUCUGAUACCGCCUCUGCCUCGUCUCAUGUCGCCCGAGACGUCCGCCUGCCUCACCACCACCACCCUCACCCACCUCACCGUCAGGAGCACAACCACUACCACAACCACCACCAGAGCCAGUCCUCUCUCGGGUCCUCGUCGUCCACGUCGUCGUUCCCACGCCACCGCCCUCAGCACCUGUCGCUGCAUCAGCGCGCCCCCUCGACAUCGUCUGACGCCAUUCGCCAUAGCGCCGUCCAUAGUCCCCCCUCGUCCGCUCCGGCUCCUCUUGCUGCUCCCGUUUCUGUUUCGGAGACGACGUCAGUCCCGCCGGGAGUCCCUCCGCCCUCCGUCGUCAGAGUGCCCAUCAAGCGGAAACCGCUGUCGUCAACGGCUUCGGUCCACUCCUUGAUCCCCUCUGUCCGCUCGUCGGAGGAAUUUUCUUUCCCUCUUCCCCCCUCGUACGCCGGGUUGCCAAAGCCCGACCAGAGGUUCGCGCGUCGUCAGUCCGUCGACAGCCCGACCUUUUACGACUUUGCCUCGUCUGUCCGGGCAUCCGUGCCUGCUGCCCAGUCUCCCCUCAAGCUGGCGACUGUUGACAGCUCUCACCCCGACGAGGGCCGCAUUCCAUCCGGAGAUCGUCCGCUGGACCCUCCCGACGCCGAGCUGUCGGACGUCCUGUCCGAGUACGACGAUCUGAUCUCAGAAGGUUCGGACAUUCCACCGGAUGCUGCUCGAGACGGCACGCCCACCAACGCCCUCGAGGACAGCUCCGACGACAUCGAGUCUCUCUACGCCGAUAAUAUUAAUCAUAGUCCCUCCCCGUCAUCUCCCAUGUUUGCGCCAAAGCCGACACCACCACACCUCAAACUCAACAAGGUAGAAUCAUCGGCCGCGGACCACGCCAAGCGCCAGUCCAACGCUCCAUCACUACCGGCGUCCUUGGACACACCACCGCUAGACGCCUCGCAUUACAUCAACAAGCCGCUUCCAAAGUCGCCAGGUCAGGCGUCACAACUUACCUCUUUGUUUGGCUGGGGCCAUCCGUCGCCCUCCGUGACUGACUUCUCAUCCGCUCCCUCUCCUUUGUCGCCCACCAGGAACGGGUCGACAAAUGACGCGCUGCGCACGAACAAGUCUUUGUCAAACCACAGGGCGGCCAAUGCGGCGCAAGCAAACCCUAUCAACUACUGCGAAACAUACUUGUCUACACCGCCCCCGUCCCAAUCCGUUUCGUCUCUCCAAGUCGAAGAGAUGGAAGAGGAGCUGAAGGUCAUCAGCGCCGAGCUGGCUGCGUCCAUCCGGCGGGAGAUGGACUUGGAGGACCUCGUCGACCGCCUCCAAGAACAAGCCAGCAACCCGCAAGCGCCCAGCAAGAGGACCAGCGACUACUUUUCCGACUCUGGCUACAGCUCCGCCAAGGUCAGCGAAUACGAUCAAAGCAGGGAGGAGAUUGAAAAGAUCCAACGGAGAUCAGAGCAGGAAAAGGCGUCCAUCCGCCUCGAGCUAUCCAACAAACUGCAAGAUGAGAGGUCCAAAAGGAAAGUCCUCGAUCAGCAGAUCAAGGAGCUGGCGGAGAAGGCGUCGCAGAUGGACUUGGCUCACAUGAACAGCCUCGACGCCAGCGACCGCGUGCGGGACCUCGAGAACACGUGCGAGGACCUUCGACGAAGGCUAUCAGACGAACGCCAGUCCAAGAGCAACUUCGAGGACUUGCUCACCGCCCUGAAGAGCGAGCUCCAAGACGCUUGCAACGAGCGCGACAACCUCCGCGAUGAGGUGGUCCCUCAGCUGCGAGCGCGCGUGGAAGGGCUCGAGUCCGAGGCCUCUAAGUACGCGAACCUCACAUACGAAUCCACCAAGAUGCAACAGCAGCUGCAAUCCCUCCAACAAGAAAACACGUCACUACGGAACUCGCAAGGCGAGCCGCCCGAAGGGUUCAGGCUCUCCGGGCUUGCUCGCUCCAACUCGGUGGCAGCUAGCUCCUUUAGGCCCCGCGGCCCGCCUCCCUCGGCCGGGCUGUCGAGAUCGGGCAGCGUCAAGAACGUUCAGACGGAAUCCAGGGAGCAGCUCGCCGAGCGAUUGAAGGACGUCGAGGCACAGCGAGACGCGCUCCACAGCGCUCUCAAGAACCUCUUGGAGAGACAAGAAUUCCAAAACCGCGAGAAUCAGAAGAAGAUUCGGAUCCUCGAAAACGAGCGCCAGCGACUGCUCUCCGAGAACCCCAAAAAGGCUGGGUUUGAAAAGGACAUCAAGAGCUUGCGCACAGAGAUCAACGUACUCCGACGACGAGCCGAGGAUGCGCUCGAGCAGAAGUGGCAGGUUGAGAAGGGUCUCGUGGGACUGAAGAUGGAUCUCGAUAGGGCCGAGGCAGAGAUCGCGGACCUCCGAAGCCUGCUCAAAGAAAAGGACAUUCUCAUUCCGCCGUCGAUUGCCCGGUCAAGUGGCUCCGACGCAGGCGUACCGAGCGUACCAAUUACGUCUGAAUCACUCGAGAGGGCGUACCGGGAGUUGCAGGACGCAUAUAAUGACUCCCUGAACCGCAUCAAGCAACUUGAGGUGGACGGCAGCAGCCUUGGCUCCGAUGAGAAGACCAAGCUCGCCCUGGAACGGCUGAAGAAGUCGCUAGCUGCCGCCGUCUCCGAGCGCGAUGCCGCCAAGAAGCACGUCUCGGCGCUUCAGAGCCAGGUGGAAGGCUUGUCGGACAUCGAGACGCAGUCGGUCGGGCGCGAGAGGAGCAUGGCGGAGGAGCUCAGCGAAUCCGCGAUCCGGGUCGAGCAACUCGCCGCACAGGUUCGACAACAGCUCACGAGCAACGCGCAGCUACGGGAUCGCCUUGCCGAGACAGUGACGCGGGGAGAUUCGGAGCGGAAGGCGAACUCGGAACGAAUUAGCUGGCUUCAGGAGCGCCUGCACGAACUCGAGGAGCAGCUUGUCGCCGCGCAGACCACGUCGGAGGAGCGCGUCGGCCGCCACGAGGAAGAGCUCUCACGGCUGCGCGACGCCCACAGCGAGCAGCUGCGUCGCAUCGGAAGCGGAGCGGGCGUGGGCAUGACGUCUGCACCAAAGUCACCCCUUCUCAAGUCCGCAGCCAGGCAGAUGUUUGGUCGCGGGACGCAAACAGUGCCGGCCAAGGGCUUCGAUGAGGAGAUCCAGAUCAAGGCGUUGCGCGAGCGGGUGACGGAGCUGGAGAAGGCGCUCGCAGACGCAGAGUCGGAGAUUGAGCAGGUCGUGUUUAAGAUGAACACGGCGCAGAUCGAAGUCAUGAACCUGCAGGAAGAGCGCGAGGGAGCCAUGCGAGAGACUAGGCGUCUCCAGAGAGUCAUCGAGGCCGAGCAGGCCAAGUCGUUUGAGGAGCGCUUCAAGACACUGAAUGGCAUCGUCGUCUGA